CAUAAUACAAAGAUGGCAAACGGUAGUGAAGCAAGCGCGUGAAGAUUUCCAACUCAGAUCGCAUGGUUCUGUUUGUAAAAUAUAAUCAAAGUUACAUUUUGGCGGUUGAAGACAAAAAUGAGGUGUUUCCAGCUCUGUUGGGUGAUUUUCAUCUUGAUUUUUUUCGGUGAAAGUGAAUGGAUGCCGUCCGUCUCUGGAAUGCCUAUGGAACAAAGAUUUGACGGAAGUACUCUAUGCGGCUUGGAUUUCGGGCGUAAUGCCGCCAGUAAAGAAUAUUCACGCAUUGCUUUAGAACUGAUUUACAAGGAUACAGCAACAGUGGUUGCUAAUAGCACCAAAUGCGAUCUGGAGUUCAGGGAUGGCGCUGCGCAAUGGAAGAAGCUUACAGGAAAUGAAAAAAGAUCAUUCGACCGCAUCGAAGUUCGAGUAACAGAAGGCAAUCCCGAGCUCCUUAGGAUCUUUGUUGACAAAAAAGAUCGAGGACGACUCUCGGACGAUGUGCAUUCCAUUAUUCAAAUUGUUUGCGCAAACCGGAAGUUUCAUGGUUGCAUUCGCUUUCCAUCAUCGAAAAAAGGGGUUAUGCAUAAGCACAGAAGCCUUCUUAGUGUUGAUCAGGGUGAUGUGCAGAAGGAUGAUGAUGAUGGCAUAUUUCUAAAGCCACUCCUCCUGAUAUCAGCUGGUAUUGCAGUUCUUCUUCUGGCUGGAAGUCUGUGCACUGAUUGUAAUGAAAACAAAGAUGAUGUGUCAAUAUCGGAUGCCAAACCUCAUCUUGUCUCUUGCCAACAACGUCUAAGUCGGCGCCAGGUACUGCCAGAUGAACAACAGCCAGAGGAAGAAGUCGUCGACGAGUCGAAAAUUGAUAUCGGAACAAUUGAAAAGAUGGACCAAAAUUUGGUGGAGGAGAAUAAUCACACAUCACAGAUUCCCCUUUCAGACAAUGAGCUUCCUGAAAGUACAUCGACCGUCCAGCACGUGCAGCACGUGCCACCGAACAGCACGCAUCCCCCCGAGCCGGCGAUUAGCGUGCACACAUCUGACUCGCAGCCACGCCCGCCCAGCACGGAGCACGUGUCUCCAAAGGACGUUGACGUUGUGCAUCCGGGUACUACGUCGUCAGAGUAUGAAACUGUAGAAUGUAAGACUGUCAGCUCAAAAUCUGGAAUCUCGAAGAGCAAACAAGGCAGUGAACAUGAACAUGACGAACAUAAAGGCAGGUUCUGGAAGAGAACUCGGUCUGCUAAAGGAAUUAGUGGUAGCACUUCCGCCACGGAUAGAUCCUCUGAUGUAUUCAAAGAUGAGGAACACAAACACAGAUCGAGGAAAGAAUCUAAAGAGACGAAGACAAAAACUGGAAAAACAAAGAGCAGAACGGGCUCUUCGGGUAGUGAUAAAGACGAAAAACACGUUUUGCAUGAAAGUCCCAUUGAAAGGCCUCGAGAGAAGACGCCAACCCUAGAACGGCAUUCUCGAGGACUUCCGCUUCCGCCGGGGCCUUCAGUGCCUCCACUUCCGGUUGUUCCCAUUCCCCAAAGACAUUUUUCUGCUCCCGAUGAGGUGGAAGAUGAUAACAACUAUGAGACUGUUGAAGUGCGUAAGACAAAGUCCAUGGAGAGAGUGAAGGGCCAUCCACCGUCUCCAUCCGACGAUGCAUAUGACACUGUCCAGGUUAAAGUCGGAAAACCUCGGGCUCUUUCGCUUGAUCACGACAUGGGCGAAGACAGCGGGAAUUACGAAGUUGUUGCUUUUAAUAAGAGCGAGGUUGAUUAUUUGUAUGCUGAAGUGCAGCAAUCCAAAAAUAAGGAGACUACGAAUGAGAAAAACGUGGAAGACAAGGUUGCUGAGGAAACUGAGGAAGAUCCAGAAGAUCCUUACUCGAGAAUUAAGAACUUGAAACUGAAGGAAGAGGUGGCAGAAAUGUCAGAGGCCCUCGAAGAUGCGGAAGAUCCCUAUUCCAGCAUAAAAAAUGACAUGCAAGAGGAUGAUUUGGAAGUCUCUAACCUGUAUGAAGAUGUCGAGAAACAAAAAGAAAAUCGAGUUGAUAAAAAUCACAAAUACGCAUCCGUUGACAAAAAGGAAGUAUUCCAGUUAAUGAUAGACACCGAAAACAGCGCAGAUUCUGAAAGGAACAGAUCAAAGAGUGAUACAACGGGAUUGAAACGAUGUAGGAAUGAGAUGGACAAACGCGCCAAUUCUGUUCAUGUGGUGCGGUCAAGAACAGGCGAGGCUGUGGCAAAAGGCGAGGUUACACAAGCAAACAAGGCUACCACUUUGCCAAGAGACGAUACUUACGCAAAAGUGGACUUGAGCAAGAAGACAAGGCGUCGUAAUGAUACAGAAAGUAGCGGAGAUACUGAGGAGGAGAGACAUGACACGGAAGAUCCCCCACCCCUACCCCCUGCGUACGUGUCGUCAAGACAAAUGAAGAUUGAAAUGGGAAGAAAUCCAGAUAACACUGAUAACCUUUACGAUGAAGUCGCUACAGCUGGCCAGAGAGACCGCACUCCUAGUACAGAGUUGCUUAUACCUCAAGACGAUUCUAACCGAUUGUCAUCCGCGUCAGGCGACUACGAACCUGUUGAAACCAUUUUAAAACCAGUUAUUCCGAUAACCAAAACCUCGGCGAGCGACGAUUAUGCGGAAAUUCCAGAACCAGUUCACAAGUCAAAUGCGUCCGGUAGCGGUAGCGCGGGACCUGUGCAUUUGGAGGUCUGUAAUGCGCCAGCGAACAUCUCAGUCACGGUGACAAGUUCAACGGAAGCAUGCGCAAAUGACGAUAACGUCGAAGAAACUCAUUACGAAUUAGUUGCUCCUCGAGAUAGGAAACAUUUGGAGUCAAGUACAUCCAAUGGUGUAAGGCUAUGAUUGAAAGUAAGAGAUCUACGAGUGAAUUUUCCUUAGUUUCGCCAGCGUACAAAGAGGAUAUGGUUUUACAUUCCAACAACCUUCCCCAGUCGACCAGUUCCUCAAUAUGUUCCUGAUAUGUUUGACAUUACACAAACAUUGUAUGGAGAAUGUACAUGCUGAUGUCUCCUUAGGCUAAAGUGUUUAGCAAAACUGUGUUUGUAGAAAGAAGAUGAACCUUUUAAGAUAUUAACACGAUUAGCCAGUGUCCAAAUAUAAUUUUUACGUCUUAUAGGCUUAUCCUUGGAAAUCGUCUUUUUUUUAAUCUCAGAAGUAGGGUAUAUUUAUUUAAAAGUUUGCAUGCGUGACGCGUGGAUAAACGAUUUACAGUAUUUUGAGUGAAAGAGAAAAACUUGAAAGCGAAACCUGUCACUCUUGAAAUGACGUGUAGUCUUACCCAUUCCAAACUACUCCUAUUUGCCAUGCGCACACUUAACCUGCCCGGAAGGAGAAGCACAACUCACUUUGUUAGACGGCACUAUCUAGAGGAAUAUUUAAACUAGCAGAUUUUUUUUAUUUUUCGCAUAAAUCAAUAGUUAAACGAAGUUCGAACGCACCCCGCUAUUGAAUGGACACCUCACUUAGGCGGACAAGAGGUCAUGUAAACCCCCAAACUUUGGAAAUCUCAUAAUUGAGAAAUGCUUCUUAUUAACAAGGAUAAAGGUCUUUCGGGUAUGUGAUUGUGGAAGUUUCCUUUGCAUCAGAUAUUCCGUAGCCUUUUUCGCACUUACGGUUUAAGUUAAGGCUAAGUGUUGCAGUAUUUUAGUGUUCAGAUGAACCCGUAAAUAUAGUUUAUUAAAAGCAAUAUUAUGUACUUUUUUUAACCAUCACACUAUUGAAUAGCAAUUGUAGUGUUAUUUUAUAUCAGUUUAUUCGUACAUUAAUUUCAAGAAAUUUAAAAUUUUAGUGUUGUUUACAAAUAUAGGAAUCCUCUGUUGAA